AUGUCUGUGGCGAUCUCCUCUGAUGAGGAAGAUGGCGGCGGUGGUGUGGCCGCUUCUUCUGCUGCUCUGGUGUCCAGCGAGGACGUGUCUGAGCAGCUUGUGGCAGCUUCUGAAGGAAGCUUGUCGGAGCAAGCUCUGGCGACUGCAGAGAGUUCUACCUCACAGCCUUCUUCAGGUUCUGGAAAGCAGAAGAGAUUGCUGCACUUCUGGAAGCCCGAGCACCCUCUAGCAGAGAAGCCUCCUCUGGAGAAGGAAGCUCAGCCCAAGGGCAGGCCACUGUCCGCUGCCAUGAAGCAAAUUCUGGCAGAAGUGGCAAGAGAGUCUGUUGUAGAACAGACUGACGAAGAAGCUCGUCUGGAAGCUCAGCGACGCUACGCGAAGAAGAAGAACACUGGCAGACCAAAGAAUCUGCCUGGAGCUCCUUCUAAGAAGCGCUCUGCAGAGAUGCCUCUGGCAGUGCAAGCCCGUGUUCUGAAGCAGAUGAAGACAGAGAUGCCUGGCUCUAGUUCUGAGCAGGACUUCGCUGCAAGCAUGAGCCAGAAACUUGGUCUGGACAAGAAGUACGUGAAGAAGCUCUGGGCUAGAAGAGAAAACGUUCUCUUGCAACAGUCUGAGCGGAACUUUUCUGUGCUCCCUGGCAAGCACCUCUCUGCCAGGUCUGGUAAGGGCCGUGCGAAGGUUACUGCCAGAAAAAGUGGGCAAGGCUUCCGUCUGACAGGAGCUGGCCGCAAGACAGAGUUUUCUGCCGUGAAGACCGCUCUGCGGAACUGGUUCGAGGAGUCUCGUGCUUACGGGCACUCUGUGAAGAAGCGGCAUCUGCUGUCGCAGUGGCAGCUUCUGGUGAGCAAGGAGCUUCUGAAGCUCAAGUCUGCGAAGAGUGCCUCUGCAGACUCCUUCGAGCGGGCUCGUCUGGAUCAAAAGAUCUCUGAAGGCGAGAAGCAGCUGCAGUCUGCUGCGAAAGAUUCUGGCAAGAACCGUCUGAGGCAGCUGUUGCUGGAUGUCGGUGCCAAGAAUCUGCAGCCGGAUCUGAAGACGAAGCUGUCUGAGUCUGAGGAGAUGGUCUCUGCGAAGCUCACUUACCAGAGUCUGGACCGCACUCUGUGGACAGCCUGCUUCGCACCUCUGGAGGAUCUGGCGACCAGGGUUGCCAAGCCCUCUGAGUUCAGAGAGCAUGUCUCUGAUUUGGUCGUGAUCUGCUCCGACCAAAUCCCUCUGUGGAUAAAGUCUGGCAGCGAGCGAGAGCUCUUUGCUGAGUGGGAGCACAACCCUCUGCCCCAGCAGCAUCUGCGAGAGGCUCUGAAGAAUCACCAUCUGUCCUCCUCUGACCAGGUGAAGUCUGGCGAUCUGGUGGCACCUCUGCUGCAGGCUGUGCUGAAGCUGGCCGUGUUUCUGGCCAGGCAAGCGCUGUACGGCCUCUGCAAAGACCCUGCUCUGGAGGGCGAGUCUGGUUUGAGCGGGCAAGUUCUGCCUGGUCUUCUGGUGGUGCACGGCUCUCACGCUCGUCUGAACAACAUCGACAGCUCUGGUCGAUUUCUGCGAGACGAGACGCUUGAGUUCUCUGGCAAGGUGAUCUGCCGCAAAGCAGGCUCUUCUGCUGGCAAUCUGCUCCGUGGCUGGAGGCAGGCUCGGGACAAGGAUCCUUCUCUGUUUCGCCAGAUCAGUCUGAUGAGCCAGCCCUCUGCGAAUGUGGAUGGCAUCAUCUUCGCGGAGCUGGCUGCUCUGGCACCUGCCUCUGUCCAUGUCCGCGACUGCUUCGCGGCGGCCUGGUCUGUCUCUGGGGCAGAGUCUCUGUUCUACUCGCAGAGUCUGCAGACGGUCAUUGGACCGAAACUGACUGCGAGUCUGCAACUGACUGACACAGACUAUGCCAGAUCUUUCAAAAGUCUGGCAAGGUCUGCCAUGGACGACCUGAGGCAUGCCGGUCAGACUGCUCUGCUGGCAGCUGGCGGGAAGGAGUUCUGGCGAGCGAGCCAUCUGGACAUGGCGACGGCUGUGGUGCAAGCUCAGACGAAGAUGUCUGAGAGACAGGCCUCCAAAGACUGGAUCGUGUCUGGUCUUCGCCGCAACGGUCUGCUGGCUUACAGACCGGACUUCUCCAAGCAGACUCUGGUGCCUCUGAAAGACGAAGACUGCUGCGGCGCCUCCAUGGGUUCUGCAAGGACGAAGCCAGCCUGGCUGAAGGACCGCUACUCCUGGCUGGAUGCAUCUGGCAUUCCAGCCCAGCCGGACUGGUCUGCUCUGCACGGAGCCAAAGUCGUGGCGGAUCUGGUGGAAUGGAGCUACCACCAGUCGGACUCGCAGGACGAGGCUCUGGAAAGCCAGGUCUCCGAGGCCCUUCUGAACGUGCACGAGAUGCCACUGGAUCUGCAGCUCCCCUGCAUCGAAUCUGGCGUCCUGACACUUUCUCUGGACCUGCAACGUGCAGCCUGGCAGAAGCAGCUCUCUGCGGACAAAGACAUUCUGCAGAAGAAAGCUGUCAAGCGAGACGUGAAGCAGAUGAUCACUCUGGCCAAGCGGAAGCUUCGAGGAAAGCUUCUGGAAGCCAUGAGGCAUCGUCUGACACAGAUGUCCCGACAGCAAGCUUUGCAACGUCUGGUGUCGAGAGCCUCUGAGAAGAAGCCCUCUGUCGUGAAGAAGGCCGUUUUGAAGCAGAAGAAAAAGACGGCCCUGGCCCACGCUGCGAAGGCCCUGGCGAAGGCCAAGGCUCUGGACGACAAGCCCUCCGGCGACUCUGCUUUGGUGCCUGGCCCUGCUCCUGCUGACCCCGUCUCUGAGAAGGCCUCUGAGCUGAAGGAGGCAACGAAGGGCCCUCUCUACGGCCGAGUCUGCAGGAUUCUGCGAGAGCACCACACCUGUGGCAAGUCUGGCAAGUGCUCUAUGCACAACCUUCUGACGAACCAGGUGUCUCUGCUUGGUGUAGGGGAUGGCUGUGCCACCGUGAUCCUCUCUGACAAGGAGGUCUGCGAGGUGGAUCCACUGUGGCAGACUCCGAAGAAGUGGAAGAACAUGCGCCUGAAGAGGGAUCUGAAGCAAAGCAUUUUGCGAGCUUGCGGUGGCUCUAGCCUCUUUUUGGAGGCUUCUGGUGGGUUCUUUGCUCCACAGCCUGUGGAACUGCUGAAGUUCAAGAAGUCUUACCCGCAGAUGCUUCUGGACCAGCAUCUUCGGUACGGCUGGGAACUUCUGCGGUACAAUCUGAGCGACUCCGACGAGAACUGGUUCCUGGAGAACAAGAUCUGCAUGGUGGACCCGAAGCUCUCUGGGCAGCUCCUCGCCGAAGACCACGACCGCCCCGAGCUUCUGCAGACUGCUCUGGACAGACUUCGUUCUGAGAACAAGCUGCUGUUCGUGCCUGUCUGGGGGCACUCGCCGAACCACUGGACCCUUCUGGUCCUGCAGCGGGAAGACCUCUCGGAAAGCUUCUCUGUGAAGUACCUGGACAGCCUGUCUGAGAAGCACGAGGAGUGCUCUGUGAACGCUGCCAGGCUUCUGUCUCUGCUUCUGCCGGCAGAGACUCUGCCAGAGAGAAGCUCCUCUGGCACCCAGAAGUCUGACGAGUGCGGCUUCUGGGUUCUGGCCAACAUGCUCUCGAUCUGCUCGGGCCUGCUUCUGGAAGGACCCUGUGCUCGUGGGUCUCGCGGGAAGCUGGUUCUGGAGCUCAUGUCUGAGCUGAAAGGCUUUCUGGCGCAGCUGUCUGGCGAGCAGUCUAAGCUGGACAAGGAGCUUCUGGGCAAGGAGAAGGAUCUGGAGAAGACUCUGAAGGCCAACCGGAUCCUGAGAGGACAAGUCUCGGAUCGAGACUGUCCGUCUGACAGGUCUGGGCGUCUGUUCAAGAUGCCACUGGCAAAGUGGUUGUCUGGACUGU